CUUAGAGAGGGUGAUAGAGAUUUCCUUUGAACAGAAGAGCUCUGACCCACCUGAAAUGGAAUUUCAAGAAAUUGGCAUAGACUCAGCAAAAGUGCCUCUGAGGGUUGUACUCGUGGGUAAAACUGGAGCAGGGAAGAGUGCAACAGGAAACACCAUACUGGGACAAAAAAAGUUUAAAGAAACAUGUUCACCAGUAUCAGGGACCAGAAAAUGUGAAAAAUAUUUUGUACAGUGGAAGGGUACAUCCAUUACUGUGAUUGAUACCCCAGGUCUGUUGGAUAAUACAGGGAAUGUACAGGUGAAAGAGGAGAUAGAUAAAUGCAUCCGAAUGUCUCUUCCUGGGCCUCAUGCAUUCCUGCUGGUGAUACAGAUAGGUAGAUUCACAAAGGAGGAGGAGGAUGCUGUCAAGUGGAUCGAAGACAACUUUGGAAAAGAUGCUUCAAAAUACACCAUUGUGCUCUUCACUUAUGGAGAUCUGCUGGAGGAACAAUCAGUGGGAGAGUUUGUGAAUGAAAGUAAAUCAUUGAUGUCUGUUGUUGAGAGGUGUGGAGGAAGAUACCAUGCCUUAAACAAUAAAGAGAAGAACAAUAGAGAACAAGUCGACGACCUGCUAAAGAUGAUAGAGAAGAUGGUCAAGCUGAAUGGAGGAGAGCACUACACUAGUGACAUGUACGAGGUGGCCCAGAAAAAGGCAAAAAGAAUGAAAUACCUUAAAACAGCUGCCAAAGUUGCUGCAGGUGCUGUAGUGUUAGGAGGUCUGGUGGGUACUGGAGUGGGAAUAGCAGCUGCAGCAGGAGCACUAGGAGUAGCAGCAGGAGCUGCAGCAGCAAUAGGGGCAGGGGCAGCUGGAGCUGGAGCUGGAGCUGGGACAGCAGCUGGAGCAGCAGCAGUAGGAAUAGGAGCAUUAGGUGUAGCAGCAGCAGGAGCAGGAGCAGCAGCUGGAGUAGGAGUAGGAGUAGCAGCAGCAGGAGUAGGAGCAGGAGUAGCAGGAGUGGCCGCAGGAGUAGCAGCAGGAGUAGCAGGGCAGCAGGAGGAGCAGCAGGAGCAACAACAUGAGGAGGAGGAACAGUUGCAGCCACAGCUACAGCUGUAUCUGUUGGAUGAUCACUUGCAUUAGUAGCUAAACAGAGGCGAAAAGGAACGUCAGAAGAAAAGAUGUGCAAGGAGAGAACUCUAAACACUUUGAAGGCUGAUCUCACGAUUCUAAUCCACCUCACUUGAUAACAACAGACAUCGAGUCACUUCAUUCUGUAUCUGUUUGCUGGGUUUAGAUGAAGCAGCCUUGACAGACAGAAAUGAAAGUGGAUUUGAGAUCAAUCUGUCUUUGAUAGAUUAGGCAUAUAGGCUACUGUAACAUAAGUUGAAAUUUCUAUAGUAACUUAACUACCUAGCUAUUAGACAAUCAUUUUCAAUGUAAAUCCACUAAUAGCAAUAUGUGUUUUAUACUCUUAUGCCACAUUUGCCUUCUCAUAUUGUUAAUUGUACAAUUUAUUUCAUGUUAGCAUAAUAUGGUCUGUGUCUGGAGAGAAUUUGAUAGCAUAGUGAUUUUAUUAUCAAUUAACAUUGCACUGAUUUGCUAUGUGUACUGUAUAUUCUAUACAUUUUUACUCCAUUGUGUGUUUAUAUCUCUUUUAAAGGUACACUAUGCAAGAUUUUCACCUUACGAAAGCCUUUCCGAAGGUAAACAAACAGCAUACAGUAGAUGUAACAAGUCACUACUGAGAAAACUAGCAAUGCAACUUGCAAAAAUGGUGCCCUGUCAAAUAUCACAGGAAUCGUAAAACAUUACAUUGUCAGUAGAUAUAGCUCUUUAGAGAUUUUGCCUGUUGUUAAUCCUUCACCUCCACAACAAAAGCAUUUCCAUUGUAUACAGGGGGGACAAGUCGCGAAAAUUAGCUAUACAACAGCAGGGUACAAUAGAAAUAUAUUGUGACUCAAUGGUUGCCAAAAAUAUCUGUGACUGCAUACUGUAGUGUAUACCUUUAAGGUCGUUUAUUGGCUUUGGAUGACCUUGUGGUUAAUUCUGGAACAUUCUUUUAUAUUCACUAAUAUAUUGUGCAUGCCACAUAAAACUGAAAUGUAAUACAUGGAUCACAGACUUCAUGAUGUUCAAGAUGUGACUCUUUUACUUAUUAAUUCCAAUUGUUCAAAAUUAAGAUUAGAGAACAGGUCAAAAGAUUAUUGUGUGUGUUUGUGUGCCUGUGA